AAAUAGGCAUCACGGGUCUUUUAUGUACUACAAGAAGCUUCUAGACAGGCUUCAUCUGUGGCAUGAAUCAAAUUCUGAAUGUCAAAUCUGCCUAAGGGCAAAUUUAGAAAUGUUCCUUCCACUUCCCUUGCCAAUGUUUUUCAUCAUGGAUGUUUGUUUCUGUGUGGUCAGAGGUCUUGCAUGAGGCUCCUACGAUUCCGCUGAAAUCACAGACUGUCAUCUGUAUGUUUCUUGUUUCUUUGUGCCCAUCUGCAGGAACUGGGAUCCUGUCCUCUCAGCCAGAAGAAAAUCCCCACUGGUGGAAUGCAAACAUGGUAUUCAUCCCAUAUUGCUCAAGUGAUGUUUGGAGCGGUGCCUCUUCCAAGUCUGAGAAAAAUGAAUAUGCCUUCAUGGGAGCACUGAUCAUACAGGAGGUUAUAAAGGAGCUGGUGGGAAGAGGUCUGAGCACUGCCAAAGUAUUGCUGCUAGCAGGGAGCAGUGCUGGAGGGACAGGAGUGCUCCUGAACGUGGAUCGAGUGGCAGAGCAGCUGGAGGAAAUGGGUUAUCAAGGGAUUCAGGUUCGAGGUUUGGCAGACUCUGGAUGGUUCCUGGAUAACAAACAGUAUCGCAGAACUGACUGUAUUGAUACCAUAACAUGUGCUCCAACAGAGGCCAUCAGAAGAGGAAUAAGAUACUGGAAUGGCAUUGUUCCUGAGCGCUGUAAGCUGCAGUUUAAAGAGGGAGAGGAAUGGAAUUGCUUUUUUGGAUAUAAGAUUUACCCCACUCUUCGAUGCCCAGUCUUUGUUGUCCAGUGGCUCUUUGAUGAGGCCCAGCUUACUGUAGACAAUGUGCAUCUAACUGGCCAGCCUGUUCAGGAAGGGCAGUGGCUCUACAUCCAGAAUUUGGGUAGAGAGCUGAGAAAUACCUUGAAGGAUGUGACUGCGAGCUUUGCUCCUGCUUGUUUGUCCCAUGAGAUCAUCACACGCAAUCACUGGACUGACAUCCAGGUGAAGGGAACAUCAUUACCCCGUGCCCUCCACUGUUGGGAUCGGAGCCUCCACGAGAGCAACAAAAAUGGGAAGGCUCCUCUGAAAGGCUGCCCAAUUCACCUGAUUGACAGCUGUCCAUGGCCUCACUGCAACCCCUCGUGCCCCACAAUCAGGGACCAAUUCACAGGGCAAGAGAUGAAUGUGAUCCAGUUCCUCAUGCAUAUGGGUUUUGAUGUUCAGAAGAUGGCACAGCAGCAGGGCCUGGAGCCCAGUAAACUCCUGGGGAUGCUCAGCAGUAGUAACUAGGCAUGGCUCAUCAGAGGGGCAGAGAUUAGAUCAGGAGGAGAGAGACUCUCAGCCCUUCUCCCAAACUUUCUAAUCUUCUUCCUUAAUGUUCCUGCAGGCAGAUGCAUCCUCAUACCCAUGGCACACUCACACCUGUGCACUCACUUGCUCCCACACUCUUGCACGCUUAUGGUGUGUCAAGAACAAAAAAAAAAAAAAAAACCAAAAAAAAAAAAAGCAAAAAAACCCCAACAAAACAAAACAAAAAAAAAACCAAGCAGCAAUUUCUUGCUUACACUGUUUGGCUGGAACUUGUUCCCUCCCUCCAGACUCCAGGGCUAAGUUUCAGCCGGUCACAUCCUCUUCCUGUGUUACACAAGGCAGUCAGAUACAGGGAGUAGCAAAGCCAUAAAUAGCAGCGAUGAGAACCUUCCCCAGAUCUGGGACAUCUUCCCUUGCCAUGAAUUUUACAUCAUAGACUUGUUACAAGUGGUGAAAAAAGCAAGCACUGGAUUUCUUCUGUCCAACUACAAGUGAAGGAAUGAUUAUAUUACUUCCUGGAGGUUAGCAUCUCAUGCUGAGUCACAGUAUACAGACCCAGGACACAUGCUAGGGAUGGACAUUCUUGUACUCAAUUUAUUCAUAUUAUUUUAUAAAAUGACUUUUUAAUUACUUUUUUAAACUAAGCAAGAAAUAUAAAGGAUAUUGUAACAUAUUUUUUUUAAAUAACGAAGAAACCUCUUGCUACUUUGGCAACGUGGACAUAUUUAUUUUAAUAUGUAAAAUGCUAUUUAUAAGGGCUGACCAGAGAACCAUACCUAUGUCUUUGUAAAGUUGUAUAUGCUGCUCAUUUGGAUGGGUUAUCCUGAUGGUCACUUGUGCCUGGGAGAGGGCUAAGGGUGGUGUUGACAUUUUGUAUUAAUUAGAUUUCUGUGUUCCCCUUGCA